AGUUCAGACCUGUGGCUAGAUCGGCCACAGUUUCCCUCUGGGGGAGAGUAGCAGCGGCCUGGCCACAGUCUGCCGGUCUGUCUGUCUAUCCAUAAACCCAUCUGGCUGUCUGGCUUCCUGUUGCUCUUCUGUAACCUGCCUGGCCACCUGACUGUAAGGCUGUCCGUUAUCCUUUCUAUCCAGUUGCCUGAUUUGUGUGACUGUCUGUCUUGCUGGGCCCAUCAUCUUUCCAAUCAUCUGUCCAAUCGUCUGAGUUCACCGCGUGGAGUUUCUUUCCCCUUCACCUGACAGUUUAUCUCUACCUGCCUCCCGCCUCUCCGUGGACCACUGAGCCAUGGCACAGAGCCACAGGGCCACCGUCUGCCUGGUCCUGCUGGGCCUGGGUCUGGGUCUGGUUCUCAUUGUGUUGGCUGUGGUCCUUUCUCAUCGCCAAGUCUCUUGCGGUCCCGGCACCUUCACGCGUGCAGCCGUAGCAGCUGACUCCAAGAUCUGCUCAGAUAUUGGACGAGCCAUCCUCCAGCAGCGGGGCUCACCUGUGGAUGCCGCCAUCGCUGCCCUGAUCUGUACUGGUGUUGUUAAUCCUCAGAGCAUGGGCCUGGGUGGAGGGGUUGUCUUCACCAUCUACGAUGCAUCAACAGGGGCCGUGGAGGUCAUCAAUGCCCGGGAGACGGUGCCAGCCAGCUAUGACCAAGGCCUGCUGGACCAGUGUGGAAACGCCCUGCCCCUGGGCACAGGGGCCCAGUGGAUCGGGGUCCCUGGGGAACUGCGGGGCUAUGCCGAGGCUCACCGCCGACAUGGUCGCCUACCUUGGGCUCAGCUCUUCCGGCCCACCAUUGCGCUGCUCCGAGAGGGCUUCCGGAUGCCCUUUAUCCUCAGCCAGUUCCUCAAUAACAGCAUCCUGCGGCCCUUCUUGUCUUCAUCACCCCUGAGACAGCUCUUCUUCAAUGGGUCAGAAACCUUGAGAUCUCAGGACCCAUUUCCAUGGCCUGCUCUGGCUAACACCCUGGAGACUGUGGCCGCGGAGGGUGCGGAGGCCUUGUACACGGGGAGACUGGGCCGCAUGCUGGUGGAAGACAUUGCCAAGCAAGGAAGCCAGCUGACAGUUCAGGACUUGGCUGCCUUCCAGCCGGAGGUGGUGGAACCCCUGGAGAUGCCCCUCGGAAGCUAUACCCUGUACUCACCGCCGCCGCCAGCAGGGGGCGCUAUUCUUAGCUUCAUUCUCAACGUGCUGAAAGGGUUCAACUUCUCCACAGAGAUGGUGGCGCGGCCUGAAGGAAAAGUGGAUUUAUACCAUCACCUGGUAGAGACUCUCAAGUUCGCAGCAGGGCAGAGGUGGCGGCUACGGGACCCUUCCAGUCAUCCAGGGAUACAGAACAUCUCCCGGGACCUUCUCAGCGAGGAUCUAGCCCAGCGCAUCCGCCAGCAGAUCGACGGCCGUGGUGACCACCACCAGCUCAGCCAUUACAACCUGUCCGGGGUCAGGGACAACAGGAUGGGCACCUCUCAUGUGUCUGUGUUGGGAGAAGACGGCAGUGCUGUGGCAGCCACCAGCACCAUCAACACACCCUUUGGCGCGAUGGUGUACUCCUCACGGACAGGAAUCCUCCUUAACAACGAGUUACUAGACUUCUGCGGGAAACGCGUGCCAACUUCCCGGCUCACCCCUCUGCCCGUUCCAGGUGAGCGACCACCAUCUUCCAUGGUACCCUCCAUCUUGGUUAACAAAGGCCAGGGAUCGAAGCUGGUGAUCGGAGGGGCUGGUGGGGAGCUCAUCGUCUCUGCUGUGGCCCAGACUAUCGUGAACAAGCUGUGGCUUGGCUUUGACCUGACAGAAGCCAUUGCAGCUCCUAUUCUACAUGUCAAUAGCAAGGGCUUUGUGGAGUUCGAGCCCAAGUUCGACCAGGAGGUACAGAAGGGUCUACAGGACCGAGGCCAGAGCCAGAGCCAGCGGCCAUUUUUCCUGAAUGCGGUCCAGGCUGUGUUUCAGGAAGGGCCCUGCAUCUAUGCAGCAUCCGACCUGAGGAAGGCUGGGGAGGCUUCCGGAUACUAAACCAGCUCUGCCCAGAGCUGGGACCUGGCCCACUAUGAGCGCUGCGGCCCACAUGGAUGAUGAUGUAUGUUGAAGUACUCCGGGACCUGGAUCCCUGGCUGUGAGGUCCAACUUGGCACUGAAAUGAACAGGGAUCAGCUCAGCAGAUGGAUGACUUUAGGAGGGAAGGACUGACUUGUCCCUGGUCCCAUCCCAACACCUCCUGCGGCCUGCUUUGCCUUGGUCUCAUGCUCACCCUCUUAAAUGGUGUACCCACCAGCCCACGAUUAAAGAGGAGCAGCAGCAGCGUGAACUGGUUUAGUAAAGAGACCCUCAGCUAGUCCCCGGUGAUGCGCAGCACACCACAGACUCCCAUGGUCCUUCAUGACUCACUGUCAGGGCUGAGAUGGGCCAGGCUUCCUUCAUAAGGCUCAACAGACAGAGGCAAGCACACAAGCCACUUCUACUCUGCUCACUACAAUAUCUCUGGGGGUUUUGCAGUGUGUCUGCUACCCCCGUCCCCGCUGCCAUCUUGCCUGCUGGUGGGAAGACAGGAGCGUGGCUUAUAGUAUUUGUCCCCAACUCUUGUGAUGUUUUUCCUGCACUAAGGAAGAGAUUGGGUAAAGCAAAGUUCAGGUCUUAAUACUCCAUGUUCUUGGGACGAGGGCUCAGGCUUUGGCAGUGCUGACAUCUGAGAUGACAUCAUCGUUUGCUGCAUGGAGCUGUCCCCACAUCGCACACACUUGACACGAUAGCAUCCCCUCAUAUAUUCCCAGAUGCAACAGGACAUAGCCUGGACAGGGCUAUGUCAGCCCUGGCAGAGAACUGCUGCUCCGGAUGAAUGGGAGACUGUCAUAGAAAGCUUUGUGGGCUAUCCAGUAGGGCGCUCAUCAUGGAAGUCUCCCUAUAGGGACCUGAGCAUCUAACUCCCAAGGAGUAUCAGGUACUUCUGUGUUACCUCAAGUGUCUUCAGGAGUUGUGUUACUACAUCCAGGGUGCCACAACAGCCUGUGCGGCUUAUGCACCUUAAAGAAAUCCAUCAUGCUGGUUCAAUU